UCUCGAGCCGUCUUCGCUCUCCCUGUCCCUCUCUCCAGCCCUCUUCACAGUCCCUGUCCGUCGUGCUCUACUUCUGUGUCCUCUCUCUCUGUCGAAGUGUCCGUCGUGUUCCGGCGUUCACCAAGCAAUCUCCUUGUUCGUCGGGUGUCGUAGUUGGAUGCUGAAGGAGUAUCUUCAUCUGAUAAUCCAUAUGAUGUUGCUGAUAAAUGGCUACUCAAGGAGAAUCUUCCACUUUCUUUUCGUGAACAAGUUGUACAGUUCAUUCUUCAAAAUACCGGACAAAACAAUGUUACUUUUGAUGCCUCAUUUCGUGAUCCCUAUACUGGCUCCCAUGCUUACGUACCAGGACAACCUUCUCAUUUGUCUGAUAUUUCUGCAAAACCCACUUUCAAGCAUAUUCCUAAGAAAGGGAUGCUUGUUUUUGAUGCUGCUCGGUUUGAUGGGAUUCUUAAAAAGAUUAUUGAGUUCAAUAAUGCAUUACAAUCUGACCAGGAAAAGCAGAACUUGUCUUUGACUGAGCUCAAUGUUUCCAGACUGGGUGCCAUUGUUAAAAUUCUGAAAGAUACUUCACAUUAUCAUUCUAGUAAAUUUGCAGACUCUGAUAUAGACUUGUUACUGAAUCUGCUUCGAUCAUGGCCUAUUGCAAUGAUAUUUCCUGUCAUUGAUAUCAUAAGGAUGAUAGUUCUUCAUCCAGAUGGGGCUAUUUUACUUAACAAGCAUUUUGAAGCAGAAAACGGGUUGGAGGAUGAGCAACAUACAACCAGCUUAGCAGAAUGAAGAACAAUGUCUUUUCUGAAGAAUAUCAAGGUUCCUUCUUUCAUGAAGCAAACAAACCUAAAGAUGAGAAUGACAAGAUAUUCAUAGAACAAGGAGUCUCUAGAAGCAAAAAGAGAAGCAAGUGAUACUUUUGUAGUCUUAGCUGAACUAAAUAAAUCUACUACUGUCUAGUAUGAUAUUUAUCAUUGUAAAUGGUUUUGACAUAGUGCCAACUUAGAUUUAGAUUGAUAAGUUUGUUUAUUAUGAGUAUAUAUUAAAAUUGUGGUUGUUGAAUAUGUAACACAUU